AUGGUGCACCUGCAGCCCCUGCCCCUCGUCGUGGUCCAGGGCGUCCUCCAGCUCGUGUUUUGUGACGCCGAUCGAGUCGUACAGAGCACGGAUGUGCUGGACUGGGAAGACAAGGAUGCUGCAGAGACGCUGGUCGACAACGUGGUCCAUUCCAGGAUCAUCAAUCCUCUGCGCCUCUUUGUGAAGCCAUCCCCCGUGCUGAAACACGGCCAGGUGUCCUACUCAGACAGCAUAGAGAACUUUUGGGAUUGGUUGUCCAACGUGACGGAGGUUCAGGAAUCUCUCGCACGAACUAAACGCAGACCCAUCGUAAAAACUGGGAAAUUCAAGAAGAUGUUCGGAUGGGGCGACUUCCACUCCAACAUCAAAACUGUGAAGCUGAACCUCCUCAUCACAGGGAAAAUCGUCGAUCACGGCAACGGGACCUUCAGUGUUUAUUUCCGACACAACUCCACGGGUCUGGGAAAUGUUUCUGUAAGCCUGGUGCCUCCUUCCAAGGUGGUUGAGUUCGAAUCGUCUCCCCAGUCGACGCUGGAGACCAAGGAAUCCAAGUCCUUCAACUGCCGGAUCGAGUACGAGAAAACGGAUCGCGCUAAAAAAACUGCCUUGUGCAAUUUCGACCCUUCAAAGAUCUGCUACCAAGAGCAGACUCAAAGCCAUGUCUCCUGGUUGUGCUCCAAACCCUUCAAAGUGAUCUGCAUUUACAUUGCUUUUUACAGUGUCGACUACAAACUGGUGCAAAAGGUCUGUCCCGAUUACAAUUACCAUAGUGAGACUCCCUACUUGUCCUCUGGCUGA